AUUCCCAUCACCCGCAAUCUCUAUGAAUGUCUAUUACAAUUGCGCGAAUCAAAGUUCACUGGCAAGAUUUGGAUCGAUGCAAUUUGUGUCAACCAAAGAGACAUCCCAGAGAGGAAUUCGCAAGUCCUCCAUAUGCCUACAGUCUAUACGUCUGCCCAACGCGUGAUCGCUUGGCUCGGCAGCUGUCCGUCGCCACUCGAUGAUGUCAAGAUCAUGGGAUCCCGGCCAUUGACAUUUUCGCGCGUAGCCUUGCUGCGACACUUCUCCAGAGUGCACUUAUUCGGCCGACGAUAUUUUCAAAGAGCUUGGAUCAUCCAAGAAAUACUGUUGGCUAGGGAUAUA